AUGUAUCUUUCAAUACCUUGUUUAUAUAUGGCAAAGUGUUUGCACAGAAGCAAUGAGAUGAGUCGUUUUGGUGUAAACUUAGCUUGGGAGCUGCUCGGUGACUGUCCAAAACAUGUACAUAUUGAUUUAAGCAAUCUUAGUUCGAGUGAUUUUAUAUGGGGAACUGAUAUUACAAAAGCAACCCUUCUUCUAUUACUUCCAUUUCAAAUUGAAAAUGAGGGUAUAACUGCUGCAAAACUUGAAAUGCACAUGCACCUCGUGAAUUUUGACCACGAGUGUGUAUAUUUUGAAACCGUUUGA